AUGGGUUUUUUAUCGGUGAAGAACUGUGUUCAAAAGAGUAUCGACAAGGUGCGACUCGAUGCUGAGCACGACGUCCAACGCGUCAUCGCGACACGUGACAACUACGACGUGUACCAGGUCAUCGAGGCGGCGGACGCGCGCAUGUCCACACCAGGCUUGAGAACAAACCACGUGAACGCACUUGAACGAACGUGCACCUGCCACGGGCGAGCGAUACAUGGAUAUGCAUGCAUGCAUGAAUACGCCGUGUACCUCCACGUUCGAGAUGACGAUGAACUUUCGCACCACUUGGGCAUGACCGACUUCCUCGCGUGGGCCGCUCAACCAUGCAUGCACGCGGAGACGUUCAUAGAAGCCGUUAAUAACGCGUUCGUGUAUCUUCCGCCAGCAACAGAAGGUACACUGGAUGAAACGAGGCGACCCCCGGGUCCGGGUCAAAGCGCAACCCGGCGUGCGCGCGCGCGGCCGCGUCGGCGCAUCUCCAGCCUUGGACCCGGAGGAGCGCGCACGAUCACCACUCGCUCUCAGCGCCACUAA